GUUACAUUUUCUAUAAGGGCUUUGAAUAGCCAGAAAUUAGUUAAUAGCACGUUAUAAUCUGGUUUCUGCUCCUCAUCUACUAUUACUCGGCGAAAUAGGUAGUUGAAACAACGUACGGGUAUGUCUGAUGGCGGAAGUUUGGCACCAAGAGCUAAAGGUCCACCUACGGUCACUGGUUUAUCACCCACCGAAGGCACCCCUGGCACACAAAUCACCAUUCGUGGUGAAAACCUAGGUACAGAUCAAAAUGAUCUUCUCAUGCUUUUCAUUUGUGGUACCGACUGUCUGCAGACUGCAAAAUGGAAGACAGAGAAGAAGAUCGUAGCACGUUUGGGCCAGGCUAAUCGAGGAUUAGGCGACAUCAAGAUCGCUACAAAAUCCGGUGGAAGGGGUAUUUGCAAUGUGAAAUUCAGGGUAUUUAUUGCUCAAGUAGGACCCCUAGAAGAGUCCGCCGUAUGGGUUGAUGAGACGCAAACAGUGCCUGGGCGAGAAGCUGUUCGAACAGUAGCGCAAGCCUCAGAGGAACGCGAUGCGCUUGGCUUGAAGCCAACCACAAAGAAGUUGGACCCCGCUUCUCUGUCGAAAAUGUUUCCUGAUGGAUCGGGGAACAUCCGUAUGGAGAGCUUUAAUCCACAAUGGUAUUUAUUGGAACAUCAUUCUGAAACUCCAAUAGAAGAACUACGUGAAGCCAUUGAGAAUAUGAAAGUUGCCAAGGCUGACGAAGCCAAGAAAAAUGAGCAAAUGCACAAGGCUAAUCUAUACUCAUUGAUCAAUUGCGUCGACUCAUUAGCGGCAUUGCAUGACGAGUUAGAGAGAAGUAAUAAAGCAGGAGAAUUUGCAGUCAUCAAGCAGAUAGGAAGCCAGAUUGCCGAAGCUAGAGUGAAAGCAGAAAGUGUAUUCAAGGACGUUCUUUCACGAAAAGAUCGAGCAGAUGCCACAAGAAACGCGCUAUCUGUCUUGACUCGUUUCAAGUUCAUAUUCUUCCUUUCCAAGACAAUUGACGACAACAUGAAGAAGGGCGAGUACCUGACGAUUCUGAACGAUUAUAUGAGAGCGAAAUCGCUUUACAAGGAUACUGAAGUCACUUUGUUCAAAGAAUUGAUGGUUCACUUGGACAACAAGAUGGAUAAAUUCAAAGAAGAGAUGAAGCAUAAGUUGAUUGAUACUUCAGCUUCAUUUGAAGAACAAAGUAAACUCAUAAAGUACUUGAAGAUACUUGAGCCAGAUUCUGAUCCUACAUGGGAAUGCAUCACCGCAUAUCACUGCUGGCUUGAGGACAUAUUGUGGAAGUUGCAAGAGGAUCACUUCAAAAAAGCGUUGGAAGCAGAGAAAACUGCUCAAGAUAAUCGGUUUGCCAUGGUUGAAACAAAUGAAAGACAGUCAUUUGUGUCAUCAUUGGUUUCGAUUCUGAUGAAUAAGCUACAGUCUUUCUGGAAACUAUCAAACACCUACUCCACAAAUGAUGAGCGGUGGACACAACGACAAGAUGAUAUCAAUCAAAUGCUCAUCAAUACCAUAAAUGUCUCCUCAUGGCUCUUACUAAACGCGUUAGUCCCGAAAGCUUUGCCAGAUGACGUCAUUAAAAGGUAUGAAGCUCAAUUUGUCAGAUGGCCCGAUGUGUCACCACAAGUCAACCGCACCGUUCUUACGCAAAGUUUAAAGGCUCUCAGGUCAUUCAUUUCAUCGUUACUGGAGGCUCAAUUUACCAAUGCUCACGUUCAGCCAUUGAUAGAAUUAUGUAUGACUGUGCGAUUAAAAGUGGUAUCCGACGUAAUUGACAAGGGAGUAGAAAAUAUUUGCGCCCUUGGCAGCAAAGAGAAUUGGAAACAAGAUUUCAGUUCUACAGUAGCUGCCAAAACAGCCCUCCCAGAUUUUUACGAGAACGAGGUGUUCGAUUGUUUGUCAGCUGUUCGUGAUGCGUUGUCGACUAAUGGUUAUCCGGGAGAAGCUUGUUUAUUUUCCCGCGAAAGAUUCAGAACAACCCUUGUUGACAUAUUUGUACAUCUAGUGACAUCGAUAAGACAUUGCUUUGACAGACUCUUGAAUCUCCGCGCUGAUCUGAAAAAACCGCAAGACCUUGACCUCAAUCGCAAAGAUGACGAAAAAUCUCAUCUUACCACAAAGAAGCUUCUCAUAAGUAUAUGCAACCUCGAAUAUAUACUGGAAAAUGCAUUGAAAGGUAUCAACAAACGGAUGUUUGAUUGCGGAGUAAAAUAUGCAGAUGAGGUUCAUGAGAAGGCAAAGGCGAAGUUAUCAGUUUAUCGGCAAACUCUGGUUCGGUGCUACAUAAUGAUCAAAAGCAGUGCUUUUUCAACGCUGAUAGAUUCAGCCAACUAUGAGUAUAUACCUGAUGAUGAUGUGUCUGACUAUGCAAAGGAAAUGAUGAUGUGUUGUGUAUUACAACAAGCUGAAUUAGAACUUUGUUCACCUCAACUCACAUCGGAAUGUCUACAGGCUACAGUACAAAAUGCUUUUGUUAAUUUAUUGGAUCAGCUAGAAGCUCGUGAACCUGCUUCGGAAAGAGAAGCAUCUCAACGUGUCAUAGAUAUAUGUGCCUUGGAACAAGCUCUGGGAGGAUUUACAAAUUUGGAAACGAGGACACAUGUCAACGCAUAUCGCGCUGGUUUAGUGGGACAACUCGAUCAGCGAAAGCUCCAACGUUGUUUGAACAACAUGCGAGCUUCGAUGCGAAUGGCAAUGGAAAGCUUGGAAGGAGAUAUUGUAAUUAGGAGAGCUUCCCAUGUAUUUCUUAUUGAAGUGAUUUAUCAUCUUGUCAUAUGUUCAAGGAUGCCUGUGAUAUGGGUAUAUUGCCCAGGUACCAAUAGAACUCAAAAGUCAUCGAUGGAGAUGCGGAGAUACUGCGAUAAAUGCUCAUUAAAAAUUUGGACAAUUCUAAUGCUUAUUUUAGUCAUGCUAUCGAUUAUGAGGCUCAGUAGAGGAUGGAUUCAUGAUGGAGUAGAUUAUGAAAUAGGGAAUCGAAAGCGAUUUGUGGUCGUUGUUCGGAUGGAAUGCCUACUAACAUUGUGUAGCAUGUUUAUAUAUAGUCAGUUGAUGUCCUACUAUGAUCUUGAGGAAAAUGAGUUGCUAAAACAUGAGAGGCGCGUGGUCAUGAGAAAUCGAGAACGAGCUUCAAGGAUAUUAGUGGUCUUUUUGUUCCUCUCGCAAGCUGUGUACUUCUUGUAUUUUGCUUCAGACAUAGUUCAGUUCCUCUUCUUUGAUAUUUGUGCUUUGUGCUCAGGCAUUUGGACGAAUCUGUUAGGCAUCGUAGCUGGCUUCUUUUUGAUUAACUGCGCUUUAUAUGUGCUAGAUAGAAUACCAGCGGCAAAGCCGUUACUAGAUAGGUUAUACUCCCUUGCUUAUAUUGGUAGAAUCCUUACUGACCGAAAACAUCAAAUAAGAGUUGCACUUGUUGCCACGGCUGUGAUGUCCGCAUUAAUGUGGUUCAGCAGCGACAAGAUCGUCGUGAAGGAGAUCGUUAUCCCCGUCAAAAAUUUUUCUGGAGCUGAUGGCGGAGUACGCAUAGCACUUGUAUCUGAUGUUCAUACUGGAGCUAGCGUUCAUGCAAGUCAGAUCGAGAAAAUGGUCACUACCCUUUUUGAUCUAGAUAUUGAUGCAGUUGCUCUAGUUGGCGACCUAGUCGAUGGUCCUGUGGAACAGCUGCGCGACCGCGUUAUACCUUUAUGGAAACUGACACAUAGAUUCCCCACAUAUUUUGUCACUGGUAAUCAUGAGUACUACUAUGGUGAUGCUAGAAAGUGGCUUGAUCUGUACAAAGACCAUCGCAUUCGUGUGCUGAAUAAUAAAUGUGAGAUGUUCCACAGAAUCUGUAUCGUUGGUGUGAAUGACGUCUCCAGCGAGACUUCUGGUAUUGCGGAUCAUCACAUGAAUCUCACUGCAGCGAUGAGUAAUUGCUCGGCAGGCUCAACCCGCGUGGUCUUAGCCCAUAAUCCCGCUAGUGUACUUGAAUUUUCGCAUAGCGAUCUUGAAAAAGUCGAUGUCGUUUUAUCAGGUCACACUCACGCUGCGCAAUACUAUGUGCUUGCACCGCUGAUUUUCGGAGUCUUGCCAUACUUUCACGGUCUUUAUGAUCUCCCUCAUGGAAAUGGAAAACUUUUCGUUUCUGCGGGGACGCUGUACCAGGGAGCACCCAUGAAAAUGCUAAGGAUGUCGGAAAUAUGGGUCGUGAACAUAGUGGCUGCUAGAUGAAGCUUCUUUGGUUGAGGCAAACAUGACAUUUUAUUGCGAAUUCGGGCAUCAGAAUGACAUAGAUUUCUUUAUUGGUCUGACUGCAUUUGCCAUUUUAUCUUAUCAUACAUGUGAUGUUAUUGCACCAUAGUCUGUGAGAACUUAUCUGGUAAAUUCGCUCUCUAUCUGUUUGUGCAAUCUGUGCCGUAGGUCACCAAUUAAAAAUGCUUUACUUUGUCUGAAGGUUUCCCAAACUGAAAAUGCUCAGUCAUGAUGUCAGUGAUAUUUUUUGGAUAGUGUAGAACCUUUAUAGCAGUUUCUUUUGCAUUUUCACCGCUUUUCAAUAUUGCAUUUUUCUUCUAGGUACUGUGAUGUGAUUUUCUCUAGCGAAGAUUGGGUUAAAAUAUGAUGGGUUUUACUUAUUGUUCACCGUGGUUUCUCAUAAAGUUUUAUGAAA